GUAACGUUGGUGGGCUUAUUAACCUUGGAACAUACAUAAUCUACGUAUAUCUUGCUUCACUUCAUAGCAAAACAUCAGAACAACUUCAAGCUUCUUUCUUAAGCCAUUCCUUACGUAACACCUCAACUCACGAGGCUUCUAUACACAUGGAUCUCUCUUCUCGGUAAUAUCAUUGCGGCUUUGGCUGCUCCUGCUUCCUUCUGCAACUAGCAAUUCGCGCGAUUUCUAAUCUACCUAACAACUAAUCCCACGUAACCGCAACUUCAUCUUUCACUCACCUUUACUGUGACUCGACUUGGAGGGCUACGCCAUGGUUGCAUGUUCAAUCCCAUCUACUUCUAGGUCGUUGCCGGCUGUUCGGGCACACGUUUCAGCCCUGCGAUCUCCAAUGCCUCAUCCAAUACGAACCUCGAGACUCUAUUCCACACACGCAUCUCGAUUACAAUAUCGACCACGUCCCAGACUCUCCCGAAUACCACCCAAAUCGAAAAUACAUAUACGUUCGUUCGCAUCCGAUGGGCCCAAAGCUCCAGUCUCGGAAGGAGCUAAAACUGCACACAAGUUGGAGUCAGAGACCGACUCUGCCGCGAGUGCUGCCAGUUCUCCAGAUGAGACUAGUUUCCAAAAACCUCAAGUCACCACCGUCGACUCUACCACAUCAACCGACUCAGACUUAGAUUGGGAGGAUAGACCCAAUUUUCAGAUCGAGAAAUUCACGGAUCUUCCAUACCAAAAUUUCGGUGUGAAUCAGCACAUGAUUAUCGAUCGAGAGUUCAAGGAGGUCCUGCGACAACUGCUAUGGAGGUUCCGAGCACCAAUUAGAUACGCAUUCGCAUAUGGUUCCGGGGUCUUCCCACAGUCGUCAGCUGAUACAGCAACUGAUGCCGAGCUCAAGGCAGUUCACUCAAAAGCACCCGUUGCCGUCCAAAAAGCCCAGGAUGGCUCGCCGAAGAUGAUUGACUUUAUCUUUGGAGUAUCAUAUACGCAGCACUGGCAUUCCCUAAAUCUCAUGCAACAUCGUAAUCACUAUUCCAUGCUUGGGUCGUUGGGAUCCGCUGCUGUGUCUCAUGUUCAAGAUAAAUGGGGUGCCGGUGUCUACUUCAACCCUUAUGUCACCGUCGAUGGGAUACUAAUCAAGUAUGGAGUUGUCAAUAUCGAUACGUUAUGUCGAGAUUUAAGCGAAUGGGAUACCUUAUAUCUUGCCGGCCGCCUACACAAGCCAGUAAAGAUCCUGCGAGACGACCCUAAAGUUCGUCUUGCGAAUCAGAUCAACCUUCUAUCUGCGCUUCGUACAGCCCUUCUAUUACUUCCCCCGGAAUUCACCGAGCAGGAACUGUACGCGACGAUCGCCGGCAUAAGUUACUUGGGAGACCCGCGAAUGGCUUUUCCUACAGAAAACCCAAAGAAGGUUGCAAAUAUUGUGAACCACAAUAUGCUAAAUUUCCGACGACUUUAUGCGCCUCUUGUCGAAGCUCUUCCCAAUGUCGACUAUAAUGAUCCGGCCGUUAGCAGUCGAGAUUGGAUUACAAAUACGGACUCUGUACUGAAGAUAGAGCAAGAUAUGGACCCUAUUAAGCGAGGUAAUAUGGUGCGCCGAUUGCCGAAAGCUUUCCGCUCAAAGUUGUAUUUCGAGUAUCAAAAGAAGUUCCAAAUCCCGCAGCUUGAGUUUAACAAGAUGAUUGAAGAGAGCAAGGAUGAAGAUGCCGGCUCUUUCAAGAGGCAACAGGGUGGUGGUUUUGAACAGCGCGUGGCUCAGGAUGAGCCCGAAGCUCUCCGACAGACUAUCCGCGGCGUUAUCAAGAAGACCAUCAGUUGGCCUAGUACCUCGCAAAGUAUAAAAGGUGUCAUCACGGCUGGGUUUAGCCGAAGUGUUCGCUAUUUAGGUGAGAAGAUGGCAAAAUAUCGCGAAGCGAGUAAGCCCAAGGAGGAGGAUGAAAAGUCAUCAUAAACUCACUUUAUGAUGGCCAUUAUGUUCCUAUGUCACAUACGCCUUGAACCGGUCUCAUUUCACUUACCUGGACGCGUUUAAGCAACCCAAGCCAAGUUACAACAAACAGCUAGGGGUUUUCUUCUGUUCCGUACCGAAAGCAUAUUGCAUGGAUUUGGAGGCGACUUGGGCUUGGAGAUAUUUCUGGGUUAUGUACGUCCAAUGCGAAUGCGGGUGAGCGAUUGCGCCCUUUCUACCGGAAAAAUCCUAUGAGUUAGAAUAGAAAACGAGAUGAGCAUGGCGGGUUUAUUUGAUCACUCAGAUAUGAACUUUUACUAUAAAAGACCCGUUCAUAACGCUGACUUCACAGUCAAGGCAUCUCAGAGACCGAUCUCUCUCAAUGUACAUAUGCAGUCAGCAGGAAAAAAAUCAAGAUACC